AUGUCAGGCUCAUUCUGGAAAUUUAGUAAUGGUUUCACAUCACUUUCGAAUAUAUCCACCCUUUUAGAAAACCAUGCUAUCAACCAAGAACUGGGAGAUACUUCUUCAGGAAGUCAAUCUUCUACUUCUUCAUAUGAUGUCUUGUUGAAAUUAUUGGAUGAAAAUGACUUAUUACAAGAAUUAUUAUCAAAUAACCCGAUGUUAUUGGAGUUUUUACGUGAAGAGAAUGUAUUGAGUAUGUUAGUAGAUUUAGUUAUUAAUGAAGGAGAAGAAUUACUUGAGAAAGAUAAAGAAGAAACCUCAAAAGAAACCCCUCAUGGAUCUGAUGAAUCUGACAAGAAGGAAACCACCCAUGAUGAUUCGGACGAAGUUGAAAAAGACAAGAAAGAGUUAGAUGAUGACGAUGAUGAUUACGAAGAUGAAAAGGAAGAAGAAGACGAAGAGGAAGAAGAGGAAGAAGAAAGUCCCGAAGAUCGAGCUAAUAGAAGAGCAACUAUCGCAGCCGAAAUAUUGAGUGCGGAUGUCUGGUCAUUAACUGAUACAGUUAUGGAAUCAAUCGAUAAUUUGAAUAAAUUAUGGUCAAUACUAAAUGCCAAAGAACCUUUAUCUAUUAGUUUAUCAACAUUCUUCAUGAAAAUAAUGGAGCAUUUAUUAGAUAUGAAAUGUGACGAAAUGAUUAGUUAUUUAGUUGAUAAUCAAUCUAAUUUGGUUGAGAAAUUCAUGAAUCAUUUAUCAAAUCCUCCUUUGAUGGAUUUUUUAUUGAAAUUAAUUUCAACUGACAAACCCGAUAGUUCUACUGGUAUAAUACAUUAUUUACAGAAUCAAGAUUUGAUAACUCAUUUAAUCAAUGCGUUAGAUGUUGAUGAAAAGACCAAGGACCUUGUGCAUAAGUCAAAAAAUGAAAACGAAAAGGAAGAACAAGAAGAAGAAGGCGAAGAAGAGGAUUAUGACAUGUUAUUGGUUCGACAAAGUUCUGCUGCUGAUUUCUUGAAAGCCCUUAUUACAAUUUCUGCCAAUUCCACAACUGAUAAUUCUACCAUUGGUCCUAAUGAAUUAACUAGAGAAUUAGUUUCAUUACCUCAAAUGACUCGUUUAUGUGAUAUCAUGUUAAAGGGGGGUUAUGCAUUAGCUAACGGUGUUGGUAUAAUAAUAGAAAUUAUCCGUAAGAAUAAUUCCGAUUAUGAUAUAUUACCAGUGCUAUAUGUAACGUUGGAAAGUCAUCCUCCAACCGGUAGAGAUCCAAUAUAUUUAGGACAUUUAUUACGAGUAUUUGGUGAAAGGAUAAAUGAAUUCAAUAAAAUCUUAAUUAAAGAAGAUCUUGAUUCAAAAUUAAGAACUCCAUUUGGAGAAAUUGAACCAUUAGGAUUUGAAAGAUUUAAAAUUUGUGAAUUAAUUGCUGAAUUAUUGCAUUGUUCAAAUAUGGCACUUUUGAAUGAUAAUCGAGGUUUUGAUAUUGUUAAAGAACGUGAUGAGUUGAGAUUAAGAAUGAAAGAAUAUGAUCCAAUAAGUUUUAAAUAUAAUGAAAUCAUGGUCUUACCUGAUGAUGAAAAUAAAAAGGAUAAGUCAACCACCAAAUCAGAAGAUAAUUUUAAUGAUACAAUUGAGGAAUUUAAUAAUGAUCAAGAUGAUUCUAUCAGACCUGAUGAAACAACUAUAGAAGAUGAAGAUGCUCCUCAUGCUAAUUCAAAUUUAACUGAAGAGCAAAUUAGAUCAAAUCCAGUUGUUGGAGAUUUCUUAAAGAUUGCAUUAUUUGAUACUCAAAUCAUUUCAAAUAUCCUAACUAUGUUUUUCCGAUUUCCCUGGAAUAAUUUCUUGCAUAAUGUUGUAUUUGAUAUUGUACAACAAGUAUUAAAUGGAUCAAUGGAUAUUGGAUUUAAUAAAUAUUUAGCAAUUGAUUUAUUUGAUUCUGGAGAUAUUACCAAUAAAAUCAUUGAAGGACAAAAAUUAUGUACUGAUUAUGAAUUGAGCCAUAAUGGAUUAAGAUUAGGAUUUAUGGGACAUUUAACUUUGAUUGCCGAAGAAGUUGUUAAGUUUAUUCAAUUAUAUCCUGCCAAUUCAUUAAGUGAAUUGAUUGAUGUAAAAGUUGAUCAAGAAGUUUGGGAAGAUUAUGUAAGUAAUGUAUUGUAUGAUACUCGAGAAAAAUACAAUGCUAUAUUAGGAGGUAAUGAUGAACCUCUGGAGGAUGAAGAUGAAGAUGAAAGUAAUACAUUUGAUGAAGGAUUGGGGGAAUUGAUUGGUGAACUUAAAAUAGACAAUUUUAACUCGUCGGCCAAUACCGGCGAUUUUGAAAACCUUUUUGCAGGACAGGACGAAGAUGAUGAUGAGGACGAAGAAGAAGAACGGGAAGUGCAACUACAAAACACUACUGCUACCACCACCACCGGUUCCAAGAAGAAAUAUUUAUUAGACAGCGAUGAAUCUGGUUCAGAUGAUGAUGACCAUUUCUCAAACUAUAUGUCUCAGCAAUUAUCCAGUCCAACAGCAGCAACAACUAGUUCUCAUCAUCAUGCUUUGAGUGGAAGUGGAAAUGCUGGUAAAGUUGUUCAUGGGGAAAAUGAUGGCGAUGAUGACGAUGAAUUAGAAACUUCAAGUGAUGAUGAUGAUAUAAUUAUAGAGGAUGUUACAAAUACACGAGAACACAUCGGUAAUCCUGUUUCUCAUUUAGAGUUUGAAGCUAAUGAUGAUGAUGAUGAAUAUAUUGAUCCAAAUGAUGAUGGAUUGUCAUAUAAGAAAUCACAUCCGUUGUAUGAUUCAACUGGAUCUUUAAUAAAUUCUGGUCCUGUGAGACUUCAUCGUGAUGAUCUCAAAGGUGGUCAUGAUGAAGAAGAUGAUGAUGAUGAUUUAUCUAGUGAAGAUUCAGACUCUGGAGGGGAAAGAGAUAUGGAAGAGGAAGAAGAGGACGAACUUUUAGCAUUUGAUGAAGAGGCAGGAAGCAAAAGGGUUAAAUUAACUAGAGCUGCAAGUAAAGGUUAA